UUAUUGUGAAAAUGUAAACCGGAAGCUCGUGUUAUUGUCGGUCCUUGAUGUAGGUUUAAGCUGCACCACUACAGUCUCAUUAGUUACGUGAAAGACUUCAACUGACUGGUAAUUAACCUCUUUUUAAAGAACACUAUGAAUCAAGAAAAGCUCGCCAAGCUCCAGGCACAAGUCCGGAUAGGUGGAAAGGGAACCGCACGCAGGAAGAAAAAGGUCGUUCACAAAACGGCAACAGCUGACGACAAAAAACUCCAGGGCUCGCUGAAGAAACUGGCUGUGAACAACAUCGCAGGGAUUGAAGAGGUGAACAUGAUUAAAGAUGACGGCACAGUGAUCCACUUCAACAACCCCAAAGUGCAGGCGUCUCUGUCUGCGAACACCUUCGCCAUCACGGGCCACGCCGAGACCAAGCAGCUGACAGAGAUGCUUCCCGGCAUCCUGAGCCAGCUGGGAGCCGACAGCCUCACUAGCCUGCGCAAGCUGGCAGAGCAGUUCCCACGGCAACCAAUGGACAUGAAAGCAGUGAAGGAGGAAAUUGCAGAAGAAGAGGACGAUGAUGUACCAGAUCUCGUGGAGAACUUCGAUGAAGCCUCAAAGAAUGAAGCAAACUGAUGAACCCUCUCUCCCCCCUCCUCCGUCAACCGUUUUAUUGUUUACCUCUUACGGACUCACAAAGGGCAUUUCCUCUUGUGGGGUUGUUAAAGGUGCAACGCAUCAUCUCCAGAGACAUGAAUCACUCCGGGUCAGGCUGUGAAAACAGCACAACAACAUGCAGAUACAGUGGGGUUUUGAUAUCUGUCAGCAUUGUGUCCAGGAUAUCACAGCUACGUCGCCUCCAUGCACCCAAAGGAAUCAAAUUACUUCAGAUGAAAGGUUUCUACAUGGUUAAACGUGGCUAGUAUUUAAGAGAUUGUUUAUGAAAUUACAUUUAAAGUGAAAGAGUUGUUCACUUUACAUAUAGUGGUGAUUUAUGAAUUUAAUAAAGCAUUUUUGAGCUACUAA